AUGGAGAUGAUGGAGAUGGCAAAGCAAAUCAUGAAAGGCAUCACUGACAACUUAGACCAAGACAUCAUGAUGCACAAAGAUAUCAUUUUAAAGAUAAAACAAAUGAAUGAGGUCACUAAGAAGAAAGCAACUAUAGGAAUUUUUGGGAAAUCAGGAGAAGGAAAGAGCUCUCUGUUAAGCGCAAUUCUGGGUAAAAAGGACCUAUUGCCAUCUGGCUGUUUUGGUGCAUGUACAGCUGUUAUAACUCAGGUGGAAGCAAAUCUGAGUGACUCCAACUACAAAGCAGAGAUUGAAUUCUUCUCUAAAGAGGAGUGGGAGAAAGAGCUUCAAGAUCUUUUUAAAGUUUUAUCGGAUGACAGUGAGGACAAGAAUGAGGACAUGAUUGAAAUUGCUGUAGAAAAGAUCACAGCAUUGUAUGGAGAAGAUGCAGAUAGGAAAACCCUAAAAGAGCUCAAAAAUCAUAGCAUAUCUGUCAAGAUUGAAGACUUUUUGUCCAGCAGUAAGAAAAUGAUUUCAACCGAUGAUGUUACUGAAUUUGCCAACAAAGUUGCAUGUUCCAUACUGCAUAGUGAGGCAAGUCCUGGUGGCUGGUAUUGGCCACUUGUGAAGAGCGUGACCUUCAAGGUUCCAGAUUGUCGUGACCUCUUGGAGUACAUAACCCUUGUUGAUAUACCAGGUACUGGAGACUGCAACAAGAUCAGAGAUGACCUCUGGAAAUCUAAACUGAAAGAGUGCUCUUUUGUGUGGAUUGUAAGUGCCAUCAAUCGAGUCAUCACUGAUAAAGACCCCUGGGCAAUAUUAAAACACUGCAUUGAAGAGCUGGGACCUGGAGGAGAGUGCAAAAACAUAAACUUCAUCUGUACCAAAAGUGAUGAUAUUAAUACAGUUGCCUAUAUUAGAUCUGCACGGCUUACUCAAUUUCAAAGCUUAGGAGACAAGGAACAGAAAAAAGAAUGCACACUUCAUAGAAAUGUACUUGCCAAGACAAGGGUCAAAGAAAAGUUUGAAAACUCUGAAAUACAGAAAAAAAUGAGCCCAGACAAUGGUUUUCUUCAAGUUUUCAGUGUAAGUUCCAGUGCAUUUUUUGAUCCAGAUUUAAAUCUGGAACCUAACGUAACAGAAAUCCCAAAACUACAGGAAGCUCUGAAAAAUCUUAACAAGAGCAUCAACCGAGAACUGGCAAGAGAUUAUGUCAAUGAAGCAAAGGGAGUUUUGUCCUUGAUCCAAAGCGUUCAACUGGAUGCAGACAAGGAAAUGAUAAAGGACAAAGUCCACAAGGAAUAUGAGAAAAACCUCAUGAAGGCCCAAAAAGAACUGGACAAGUAUUUUGACUCCUGUUAUAAUGAUCUGAAGCAGUGUCUGUCAGCAGGAGUGAAAAAAUCUGUCCAGUUAUGUGUUGCUGACACAGAAGCACUGGUGUCACCUAAUAAGGAUAAAAGAGGAUUUCAUAAAGUUCUUCAAGCUUUAUGUAACAAUGGAGGAUGCUAUUGGUCGAAAAAUUGGGAUGUAGUCCUGGACCUAAACAAGAAAUUGGCUGAUCACCUGCAUGGAUCCAUAAAUCCAUAUUUCAGUAGGAUUUUUCCUAUCUGUGGUAGAACAGGAACAUCAGUGCAGGAACAAAUUGGCAAUUUCAGUUUAAUCCAGAGUGAAUCCAGCCCUUACCCCAGAUCUCCCAUGUUAUGUCACAUUCAAAACUUCAUCAAAGCAGAGGAAAAUAAACUGAAGGCAGUACUCAGAAGAGACAUUGUAGAAAUGAAAAAGGAAAUGUAUUCAUCAAUCCUAACAACCAUUCAGAAUCAGAUGGCUUCUCGCUAUAUAUUAGCCGCAGAAGAGAAAGGACCAGGAUCUAUGAAGAGAAGGCAAGAAAUAUUAAUAAGCUCAGUCAAUUCAAUAAAAAAUGACAUGUUCAACAUGUCAAAAAUGGAAGUCCUUAAAAAGUUCAAUAACCUAAAGCUGUAUAUAAAAGAUGCUCUUGAAACUGGACUAAAGAGAUCAAUGAAACUUGCACUGUUACAAACCAACAAUAUCAUACUGUUGGAUGUUUCCAGAGAGAUCGAGGAACUAGAGAGACUGACUGAGCAACUUUCUGACUAGGAUCAUCAAGCAAUACAAAGCACAAUUCACAAACCAGAAAAAAAUGGUUUAGGUAAAAGAAAAAUCACAUUUUUGGUAAAAUUUAUUUUUUAGUAAAGGAUUAUAAUUACUGCUGGGGAGGGAUCGGGAUCAAUCACAUACAAAGUAAAAGUGCUUUUUUGCAUAAUAUAUGUGUGUGUAAUUAUGUAUAUUUAACUCUUUCCCCGCCAUUGACGAGAUAUCUCGUCAAUCAAGAGAAAACGCUUCCCCGCCAAUGAUGAGUAUUUCCGUCUUUCCGCAAUACCGUUAUUAUCCACCCUUCCGCAGCU